AUGAGAGAUGAAAUAGCAACAACAGUCUUCUUUGUCACAAGAUUAGCAAAAAAACAUGAUAAAUUGAGUAAACAACAGAUAGAAGACUUUGCAGAAAAGUUGAUGAUGAUCUUGUUUGAAACAUACAAAAGUCACUGGCACGCUGAUCACCCUUCUAAAGGGCAAGCCUUCAGGUGUAUCAGGAUAAACAAUAAUCAGAAUAAAGAUCCUAUUCUAGAAAGGGCUUGUGCUGAAAGUAAUGUGGAUUUUUCUCACCUGGGACUUCCAAAGGAGAUGACCAUAUGGGUAGAUCCCUUUGAAGUGUGCUGUAGGUAUGGUGAGAAAAAUCAUCCAUUUACAAUUGCUUCUUUCAAAGACAGAUGGGAGGAAUGGGAAUUAUCCCAACAAAUCAGUGAUGCUGUUAAUAGAGCCACGUUAGACUACUCCUCUGGCACUUCCUCUGAUGAAGAAAGCUGUAACAAAGAACCUCAGAUAAUUCCUAAAGUCAGCAAUCCAAAGAGUAUUUAUCAGGUUGAAAACUUGAAACAGCCCUUUCAAUCUUGGUUCCAUAUCCCCCGCAAAAAGAAUAUGGGUGAUGGCCGAAUGGGCCUCCUAGGAAAUGUUUAUCAUGCAUUGCAUAAGAUCCCUAAGGGUCACAGGCCUGCUGCUGGGCACCGAGUGGACAGGUACCACUGGGUCAACACACACCGAUAG